AUCAUACCAUCUCGGUCGUUGAAGGCGGGCAUCGAGGCAGGUCAACGAGGAGAAGGUGGUUCGGGGUGUUGCGCUGCUGCCAUCGGAUCGCCGCCCUAGCGCCUUCUCUCGUUGCCGGCAGCCAUGAACCGAGCCGAGGCAUUCACCAGCUCCAUGUACCAGCGGAGCGGGUUCCGCGACUACUUCCAGCACCAGCUGUCCGAUACGUACCGUAGCCGACCACCAUUAAUAGAGGACGACAGCUCGACGCACGUCCUCAUGGGACUGAACGCCGUGUCACUGCUCGUUAUCGUGAGUUGGGUGGCCUACGCGACGCUGCGACGCCGGCUACUCAAGGCCGUGCACCACUACCUCGCCCUGUACCUGCCGCGCGCCCUCGGAAAGAAAGAUUCCCACCAGGCCGCAAAGAAGGCACCCAAGAAGUUGCUGCCCAGGGCGUCCGGGAAAAAGGCCUCCAAGAGGCACCUCGAGACGCAGCUGGACGUGGCGACUGUAACGCCUACGCAGCCCGACGUCGCAGGAGAGGCAACAGCCGUGGUUCCCCCUGCUUCUGUCCACAGCGUAGCGGAAGGCCCUGACGGCGACGAAGACCUACAGGACUACGAGAUCAUCCACACAGGUGACGCCUUCGUUGAUAACGAGGACCACGCGAACUGACGCCUGACCCUUUGGCUAAAUUUGGCAACGAGCUCGCACGGUGAAGCGAAGCGGGACGUGAAAUCUCCUGAAGACGCUCGCGGGUGGAAGUCGACCAGAAUGAAAUUAAUAAAAUGUCUAC